AUGUCUGCCGAACAAUCCCUUCUUCGGUCCUCCACUGACUCUGCCCUCACUCCCCAUGGAAGUGAUGAUGAUUUGUCGAGCCUCUCCUCUCCGCUCGGUUUCCGACUGUCGUACCUGGGGACUCCAUUAAAGGACCAAUCUCUCUCUGCAAUGCUUCAACAUGUUCUUUCCUACGUCGCUACCCUUACACGGAUUUGCCUUCGAUCAAGCGCCGCGCUCCUACCAAGCUUCAUGCGAGAUUGGAAAAGGGUGGAAAGCACGCAUCUGCCGCUCUCCAGAGGAAAACAGGCUCUUGCCGCGUUGAAUGGUCUCAGAGGGGUGGCUUGUUUGAUAGUCUUCAAUUACCACUUUAUAUUCGUGUGGACUCACAGCGCGGAUGUCUCUUGGGGGACGGUGAUCGACACGGAAAGGCUCGAGGAAAAGGAGGUGAUUAAGUACCAGGGCAAUGAUCAAAAGUCGCCUCUUCAACUGCCCUUCAUCAGGCUGAUAUACGCGGGUCAUGCUAUGGUGAUCGUUUUCUUUGUCAUUUCAGGCUAUGUCCUCUCUCACAAACCAAUGAGAUUGAUGCGAGCUGGGAAAUUCGAAGAACUGCAGCGUGUUCUCUCAUCGUCCGUCUUUAGAAGAGGUAUUAGGCUCUUCGCACCUACCAUGAUUGGCACCUUCAUCACCAUGCUGUUCACGAACGCCGGCUAUUUCGAGGCCGGGAAAGGUGAACGCACCGACCCAGUAACUUACCAGGGUACCAAUGAGGAACAUCCUGUACUUUACUCAACCAUCUAUGAGCAGGGCUCGGACUGGUUACGUUCAAUGGGAACCUUGGUCAGCAAUGUAUGGUGCUGGGACCUGUACUUCAAUAACUACGACCCACAUCUCUGGACGAUUCCUCUGGAAUUUCGAAGCUCGAUCGUGCUCUUCGUCACCAUCCUCGGAUUCUCUCGUGUACGCCCUAUACCUCGACUGACCUUGCUCUUUGGCCUGGUCAGCCUCUGUCUGGCUUAUUGGGCGCGUUGGGAGGUCUUCCUAUUUCUGGCCGGCAUGAUGUUUGCCGAGCUAGAUCUAAUCAGUGGCAUCUUCACGGAGACCCCACUUCUCGACGAGGAGAAAGACACGAGCAGGAGCCAACGUUCGUUUGGCUGGGCUUGGGGAGCUAUGAUGCUCGUCGGCCUGUUCCUCAAUUCUUGUCCUUCGGCACAGCCAUACAAUGCUCCAGGGUACAUGUAUCUAUCGACCUUCGUCCCGGAGCCUUACAAUUGGCAGCCUGGUCGACCUUUGCAAGCCAUCGGCGGCUGUCUCAUGGUAUGGUCUUUCAUGCAUCUGCCAAAGAUACAAAGGAUCUUCACAACCGCGGUUGCUCAGUACCUAGGACAGAUCUCCUACGCCUUUUACAUCGUACAUGGGCCGAUAUUGCAUGGGUUUGGCUACGGUUUUGUUCUAAGGUGUUGGUCAUUGACUGGAAAGGAAACGAAUGUUGGGUUUGCCUCUGGUCUAGCACUAGCGGUGCUUGUCAUUCUCCCCAUCGCUAUCUGGGCUGCAGACCUUUUCUGGCGAGCAGUCGACACACCGUGUGUGGAGCUGGCCAGAUGGAUCGAAAUGAGGCUGUCAUCUGGUCUCAACAAUACCAACGAACGAUGA